UCCACGCUUUGUUCUGUCUUUGCUCUGUUCCCUUCCCCUCAACUGGAGGAGGGGCACCGCAUUCGCAGGCCUCUCUCUCUCUCUCUCAACAAUCAAUCCUCUCUCUCUAAACAAUCAGUCCUCUUUCUCUCUCUAAACAAUCAGUCUCCUGGAUUUUCACAUCUUGCUUCCUAUAUCUCUUUUCCCUCUCUUUAUAAUUACUCUCUUACAUCUUCUCUCUACAGCUAUUGUUUUUCUCUCUCUUGCUGUCUCUUUCUCUUUGUGGUUUUUUGGGCAUCUGGGUCUGGUGAUCCAUGGCCCUGGUGGCACAGGGCGAGGUCGUUUCCCCUCGGAGCCUCCAAAUAUGGAGAGGCUUUCUAAAUUGGUUGGCUUUCUUCUUCCAAAUUCUUCUGCAACUUUUGCAGGGGACCCCAACUUUAGCUCAAAUUUUUGGCUUCUUUGGACUUAGACCUGCUCUUCUCUGUGAUUCUCCUCCUCCUUUUAAGCCUCUCCCUGUUGAACCUACGUUGCCUGAGGAGGAAUUCCCCGCUUGUGCUGAAGAGGAGACCUUUGAUAAACUUACGAUGAGCAUGCAGGUGGUGCUUGAUUUGGAUGAGACACUAGUUUGUGCUUAUGAGACGUCCAGCUUGCCCAUUGUUGUUCGUAAUCAAGCGACACAAGCUGGGCUCAACUGGUUUGAGCUGGAAUGUGUAUCUACAGACACAGAAGGUGACGGAAAACAGAAAGUUAAUCAUGUGACGGUGUUUGAGCGUCCUGGUUUGCAUGAGUUCUUAGCCAAGCUCAGUGAAUUUGCUGAGCUCAUCCUAUUUACUGCUGGCCUUGAAGCUUAUGCAAGACCCCUAGUUGACAGAAUAGAUCUUGAAAACAGAUUUUCACAUCGGCUUUAUCGGCCUUCAACAACUAGCACGAAAUACCGAGAACAUGUCAAGGAUCUUUCUUGCCUCUCAAAGGAUCUUUGCCGGAUUGUGAUUGUGGAUAACAACCCAUUUAGUUUCUUGCUGCAGCCACUAAAUGGAAUACCAUGCCUGCCUUUUUCUGCAGGGCAGCCCAAUGAUGAGCAGCUCAUCGAGGUUCUUCUCCCACUACUAAAACACCUUUCUCUACAAAAGGAUGUCCGGCCUGCACUACAUGAAAGGUUUCACAUGCCUGAAUGGUUCCAGAAGCAUGGCAUUCCUUCAACCUAUUGGCUGCCCUAAAAUCUUUGCCUUUUGCAUGAAGGCUUUGAAAGAAGAGAGUUGAGUCUCUCUAGAAAUACAAACUUCUGUGUACAUGAUGCAGAUCCUGCCUGAUUUUGUGAAUGCUUGUAUGUCGACAUUCUUGGGAGCCAUGUUUAAAGCCUGUAUAUUAUUUUAUGGUUUCUCAUAUUUUUGAAGCUUGUAUUUGUUAGAAGCUCAUUUUUGCUCCUGCCAUGCAGAGAAUAACAGCAUUCCUGCCAUGGCCAUGGAUGUAACAUCAACUGUUGGUUGCUGCCCCUUGUCUUAUAACUAUUGGUUAAAUGUUAUUGUUCUUAUUAGCUGGGGCAAUAUUGCGUUAGAAUUAGCAUGUGUAAAACUGAUUAAAUUGAUUUUUAUGAAUUGACAUCAUGGCAUUGAA